AGCUGCAGAGAAAGAGGCGGAGGCGGAGAGAGCGGGAAGCCCAGCACGCCUGGCCGGGGAAGGAGCCGCUACCCGCUCGAGCGCUUGCCGAGCUGACGGAGAGCCGGGAUACCCUGGACAGCGCCUCGCCGCGCCUCCUCGCCUUUCCCCUUCUGCAGCCGAGCGCGCCCCGCCGCCUUCCCGCGGCGGCAACAUGGAACAUCUGAAGGCAUUUGACCAUGAAGUAAAUGAGUUUGUGGACUAUAUGUUUGGAGCUAGAGAUCCCAGGGUCAGAGGAUGGCUCAUGCUGGAUUCUUACUUGCCCACUUUUUCCCUCACUGUUGCGUAUCUUCUCUUCAUAUGGCUGGGUACCACAUUUAUGAAGAACAGGCCUGCUCUGUCUCUCAGGGGUCUUCUCAUUGUAUAUAACCUUGGAGUCACCGUGCUUUCGUUUUACAUGCUUAUAGAGCUAAUUCUUGCCACUUGGGAAGGAGGUUAUAACUUACAAUGUCAAAACCUGACCAGCGCAGGAGAAGCCGACAUCCGGGUGGCCAAGGUGUUGUGGUGGUAUUACUUCUCCAAAGUCAUUGAAUUUGCUGACACGAUGUUCUUUGUUCUGCGGAAGAAAAACAGUCAAGUCACUUUCCUUCACGUUUAUCAUCACGCCACUAUGUUUAACAUCUGGUGGUGCGUCAUGAAUUGGAUACCUUGUGGACAAAGUUUCUUUGGACCCACCUUGAACAGUUUCAUCCACGUCCUCAUGUACUCCUACUAUGGACUGUCCGUCAUUCCAUCCAUGCGCAAGUAUCUGUGGUGGAAGAAAUACCUCACUCAGGCACAACUGAUCCAGUUUUUGCUCACCAUUACACACACGCUAAGUGCAGUUGUGAAGCCAUGUGGAUUUCCAUUUGGUUGCCUCAUCUUCCAGUCUUCAUACAUGGCCACACUGGUCAUUCUGUUUGUUAACUUCUAUGUUCAGACGUAUCGGAAAAGACCUUCAAGAACCAAUACAAAAGAGGCCUCUCAGAAGUCUGUUUGCACAGAAGUCAAGAAUGGGUUCCAUAAAGACUACAUAAUGGCAGCUAAUGGUGCUCUGAACAAAAAAGCACAAUAAGAAAUUAUUUUAUUAUACUGUAGUGUACAGAAUCCUUUUUUUUUUUGCUAAAGCCCCCCAAAAUACGAGUUGACCAGGCAGUUAGUACGAGAUUUGACUCUGUUUCGUUAACGUUUAACAAUUUUUACUCCCUUGUUUAACUCACGAUUACUUGUUUUUAACAAUGUAGUUUCAAACGUUUUGAUAAAUACCUCCAUCGAAAUGGUGAGGACAUGCUGUCUCUUUCACCCAGCCAAAACAAAGCCACAUUUUGUAAAUUUUAAAUAUGGGCAGAAUGCCUGACAAGAGUUGUUCCUUGGAAUGUUGAAGGUAUGGGGUGGUGGGUGCUUUGAACAAAAUCCUACCUAUUGAAACCAGCGGCCGGUUCACAGGUAUUAGUUGUGCAGACAUACAGUAUAUAAUCUCUGUCUUAGGAAGAAGUGUGUGUUUUAGUAUGUUUGCAUGGUGACACUAAAUUUGUUUUCCCCCCUUGGAUUCUAGGGAAAAUGAUUUGUAUACUAAAAAGCUUUGUUAUUAUCUUCAUGGGGAUAAAGAGAAGUAAGAGGACUACUCUUAUUCCAAGUUCUAGCAAGAGGCAGUGUAAGGUGCUCCAGAAUUUCCUCCAACUUCACGUGCCAACUAAGAACACCUGAACUGCAUUGUCUGCCCUGAAACCAACCAAACGCUGGUGUACCUGCUGCCACCCUUUAAAAAUGUGCUGCAAUAGGUAUACCCAGUAACAAAACAUACGGCAACAUACGUAAAUGGAAACCAAACAAAACAGAAACAAUUAUACCCGAAAUUUCCUGAAACGAGAGGUACACCAGCUGCAGAUCACCUUGCAGAAAAUGUGUUGGGGCAUAAUCCGUUAUGCUAAGUAGUGAUCGGCCACGUGACAGAGCCAACUGCAACCUUGCUAUUGUCUUUUUUACCCUUCACAUUGCUUCCUUGGCUCACCAAGAAAGGUAUGGUUUAUAUCCAACCCCCUGGUUUUAAAUCUGCGACACUGCAGAAUACAAGUUCACUAGAUGCACCAUAAUAUUCCUCCUGUGAAACAAUAAUGUGGAAACCAGGAAGAGUGGAUUGUUUACAGGCAGGCAGCAUUAUUGCUGCAGCAUGAAAGUGCACAGCUGAUGAUGAGACUUUUAAGGCAACCCUAUACAGGUUUGCUGAGAAAUAAAUCCUACCCAUUUCAAUGGGACUUACUGUGUCCGGUGUGUGGGAUUUUAGCAUCAAAAUAUGACAAGUCAGAUCACUUGCACCACCAGCAGCCCGUUUUGAAGCUGAACCCCCGUUUCAUUUCUUGCUGUGGGUCCAUAAAGCUGAAACAUGCUUGAGCCACCUUCUCCAACAUUUAAGUGCUUCUCUCUCUACUCUAUUCUACCGUAGCAGCCACCAUACCUGUUUUAGGUGUGGUCUGUUACCAGCAGAUUAAGCCUGUUCGCCACUCGGAUGCUAUGGCCUACGGUUACAGUGGUAAGAAGCUAGAUUCUGCCACACAUUCAUAAGUGUCACCAAAGCAUACAGUCCCCUUUCAAAGAGUUUUAUCUUGUGGGACACUUAACAGGCACUUAACAUUUGCUGCUGAUGGACGUUGGUAGUGACAGAGCUUGGUUUAAUGCUGCUUUUAUGCCCAAUAUGAACCUUGGAAAUUCAGCCUACCAAGCAGCUGCUUGAUUCUGUACUAUGGCAAAACAUCAGCAGGAGGAAGCAGCAGCAGCACUACAGCUAAGACAGCUCAGCCUUGCUGCCUGCAGAUAGUGUAAAAAAAAAACCACUUACCAUUCCACACAUCCAUUAUUGCAUUCCCAUGUUGGCCACCCCCUCUCCCAGUUGGUGCAAGCAAGGCCGGCCACCUUAGACAAUUUGGCACCCUAACUUGGUAUGACUGAUGGCUCCAAAUGUAAUUGGCACACAUUAAAACCUGGAGGAUGAGGAGGCAGAAACAUUGGGAAAAGGAAGAAAUAGUUGUGUCUGGAGUCCAGGAGCAGGACACAACAGAAUCCUAAAAGCUCAGCGUCAGCACAAGGACUAUGACCCUGAGCAGGUUUACUUGCAAAAGAUUCUCACUGAAAUCAGUAGGACUUACUCUGGGGAGGAAAAACAAGCUUUGCUAGAAGACAGGGGCCCCCCAAAUAUAUGCACCAUGCCUUUAUGAAGAUGAACUGUUGCCACUGAUGGGCAAAACAACAAAACAGUAUCACAUUGGGUGUAAGAAAAUGAGAUUCAUCAAAACACCCUAAGCAUUUGAUUCUUAGAAACCAUCCACCUUUAGGAAUUCAAGUGGAAGCCAGGAAGCAAUGACAAUUUUUCCCUCAAGAGGGUAGUACACACAGCACUACAUGAAACCAAAUGACCACUUGAGUGUUGCCAGAAAGAUCCUUGAAGUGACUAAUUCCUUGCCUCUUUUUUACUCAAAUAAAAUCCACUUGAAUUUAGAGUUCUGGCAUAGAAAUUCUCACCAGCAUUCCAUAAUGCCUGAAGCAAUCCCCAUCUCUUUGAGGAGCUCCCAUGUUCAGCAACCUACAGAUAUGUAGCCUGCUGAAGCCGUGAUAGGUGCUUGAUUCCUUCGUCUCCGGGAGACAUGGUUCCACUUGACUUCCAACACUUGGUGACUGCUGAAAACAACUAUUGGAACAAACAGUUGUUUGAAUUUUAACCUGAGACAGACACACACUUUUAAUCCAAACACAGCCUGAAAACCUUUGCAUCGGGGAUGUGAAAUUCAUCCAAAAAUGACAAGCCAUUCCGAGGAGCUCUCAGAUCUCCUGGUAUAUGUUAGUUCAGGUAUGAGAGUUUACUGCACGGCGAACAUUCACAGCAGGGGUGGCUAACUAUUGCUGGUGUUGCUGAAGCCCCAACUCCCAUCCAACUUGGCCAGGCUGGCAGGCACUGGAGGUUGUUGGGAGUGUUAGCAACUGCACACCCCCACCCCUGGGUUUAAAGGGUUUUUGUUUUGUUUUUGAAGGAUGUGCCGGGUGGGGGGGGCAGGGAAGGGGAGGAACAUUGCCUUACUCAAUCUUUCAAAGGGCUGAAAAAUACACUGUAGAUUUAAAACCAUUUGAUAAAAUCGUAAUCAGGUACAUGUCUGAAUACGCAAAAACUAGUAACAGGCUGCUAUUCUAAACAACCAUCAGGAUAACAACUUCUGAAAUUAUUUUCCUGUAUCAGUGUUUGCCGUUGAAAAUAAAACACAUUUUACAGUCAA